GGUCAGAGGGACCAUAAUUUCUUAAGAUACAUAUAUUCAAAUUCAUCAUACGGGAAAUUCAAUUGCUUUUAUAUAAUACAUAGCAGCCACACGAGAGAGGGUUGGCCGGAUAGUAACUCUGUUCAACGUGGUACGCUACCACGGUGUGAGUCCACAAGCGCUAUACGAAUUUGCAUAUCCCUAUGUUCUCAUACUGAAAAUUAGUGAAUUUACAAUAGAUACGGAAAACAACAUUGUUGGCAGUAUCAGCUGCAGAAUAUAGACGAAUUGGCCGCUUGUUGAGCGUUCUCACACCUGUAGGACUCAGCUAUUUUGCUGCUAUCAAAUACAUCAGUCAUCAUGUACAUGGACUGUGCAUUUGAGGUCAGAGUUUUCCUUUUCGCGAACGAUGGGUAUUUCAGUGUAGAGAAUGCGUGUCCUAUGGUAUUUUGGACGAACUGGACGAUCGAAAUGCUGGCAAGCCGAGCACACAAAUUGCUUUACGUAACGUCUCUGGCUCCAGUCCGAAACGGAAGUGAUGACAUCAAAGUCUUUUACGAGAACGGUGCGCGCGUAUAUGAUGUUAAGCACGUGCAGCAAAAUUCAUGCUUAGUUGUUGGAAGCGGGGAUUUUGUAGCUUUCCGAUACAAGGAGCCCACAAAACAACAUGGCGAAAUUAAGUGGAAAACAACUCCUUUUGAAUCCUUUUUGUCUGGAUUGGUAGAGGCUAACCACCGGAAUGAAGCGCAGCAAAUGACAGAGCCAAAUAAGUCACGAACGGUCAUGAACAACAUUCUUCAGAAUCUGGAAAAUUUCCUAUACACGGAGCACGAUAUUUGGGUUGCGUCACAACAAGCGAAGGGCAUCGAGCUUACGCCCGAGGAAAUUAAUCCACCAAGACCCAAUAAGAGAAGUACUGUUUCUCCCGGCAGUGAAUCAGAUGGAAGCUCUGUGCAAGUCAUGUACCCAUCGAUUGUGGAAUGGGUCGAGGAUAAUUGCAUCACGCCGCGCAGCAGUUUCAGUGCAAAUAAUGACAACGGAUUUGGCUCAGCAACAGACGGCGACAUUCCUGUUCAUUCGUCUCCCAGGAAGGAGCAAAAUAAGUCUAAGGUAUUUUUUUCCAGGAUUGUGGGCAAUGUUACCCUUCCGCGAAUGGAUCUGGUCAAACGUGUCGAGAAAAUGAGUUCCGCCAAUCUCGCGAGGACAAUAUCGAGUGCCUCCUCCAGCAGGAUCUCCAAGUCGGGAACCAAAGAUCGAACAGCCGACAAGCUCUGGAGGUCACGAGUCUCUGAUCAACUGAAAGAGUUGAAACAAUCGAUUCCUGAGCUGGCUGCGAAGAAAAGAUCGACCAAAACUGCUAUUUUCAGCUCGGCAAAGGAUUAUAUCUUGAGUAUGACAGAAGAAAACAAGAAGCUGGAAACGGAAAUCGCAAUGAAGAAAUCUGAGCUCAUGGCCUUUGGUCAAGCCGACACCUUCGCCACCAACACGGGGGUUUUAAUAGUGGAGCAACGCUUGGAUAUGAUAGAGCAAGGCCCUAUCAUUAUCUACGCUGAUCAUCACUGGAAAAUGAUGUCUGGAAAUGCAGCGCCGGAGGGGAGGCGGAUGAUGGAGCUGUGCGGAACAGACAAUAAUCCUUUCAUGUACUCAGCUUGUAAAGUGAUGAACAAAACGCUCUUCGAUUCUCGGGAGCUGCAUUGGUCUGGAGUGAUGCUUUGUCUGAGGAGCGAUAAGAUUAUUAUGGGAUGUAAUUCAACGAUCGAGCCUGUUAAAUUGGAACAAGAGAGCUCAACUGAUGAUGAAGGAAUAACCAAGGGGACAUCGGAUGUCGUGAGGAGUGUGAUUCUGACAAAAGAUUGGCACGAAUUCAAUAUCUCGGACAGCAUUGGGUCUCACCUGUCGCCACAUGUUGUUGAAUUCUCGUGUCCGAAUAGCACAUCAGAGAAAAAGUGCUCAGAAGUGAAAAGAUCUGUAGACAAAGUCGCUGUGCGCUGUUAGUCAAUAGAAGGCUCAGCGGAAAACAUUUUUUUACACACGUUGGUACUCGUGUAGGUGCAUACCAGUCGCCAAACUAUCCCGAUAUGAAGAGUUCGAGGGAUAGAGCUUCAGCCGACACAAUAAUUACAGGCAAAUACAAUCUUUGGAAUAAAUAUUUAUACACC